GAGGUGCAAUUCGUUACUGCGUAGAAUUUUUGAUCUGUAUAUUAAGGGAAAUACUGAGUUUUUCCAUAAUCGGGAUGCGGAGUCUAAAUCAUUUCAUGGUGCUUUUUUUACUUCUGGGGCUGACAAAACAGACAGUGAAAUCUGAAGAGCUGACAGGAAACACUGCUCCGUUUUUCCCAGCUCCCAAAACAACCACAGUUACUAUUCCAAACACGAAGAGCAGUGGCUCUCUAGUCACCACCUACACCGCUACAGACAAUGAUACGAGGUCCGAGUUUAACCAGGUGACCUACUCCAUGGUAACUGACGCGACAGCAGCCUCCCUGUUCAGACUGGAACCAACAAGUAGUAGGAUCACUCUGAUCAGCAGCCUUACAGCUGAUGAUGCUCCGCGGUAUCUGCUGACAAUCACAGCAACAGACAAUGGUGGUUUGACAGACACAGGAACAGUGACUGUGAGUGUGAACCGCAAUCUGAAUGACCCUCAGUGGCUCCCCACAGGAGGACCUUAUAGCGCCACAGUCAAUGUGACCGAAAAUAGACCAGUCUUAGAGACGGUGUACACUCUGUCUACACAAGACUUGGAUAUUCAGGAACCAUUCAACACCAGGAUCUAUAGUAUUUUAUCAACCAGCGGUGCUGCCCAACAUUUUCAAAUUUCAAGUCAAGGAAAUGUUCAGAUUAUCAGAUUCCUGUCCAUUGACCGUGCCGUCAACCAAUAUGUGCUGACCAUACAGCUAAGGGAUGGUGGAAAUAGGGUGGCUGCCCAGCAGUUUACAUUGACUGUGAAUGUCAUCAGAAAUACAAACCCACCAGUCUUCUUUGACACUUCUUAUUACCAAGAAAUCGAAGAAACACUGCCUGUGGGGACCAGUAUUUUACGAGUGCAGGCCAGUGAUCAAGAUCCAGAGCUUCAGUUCAGAACCAUAACUUACACACUGUUAGCCAACACUGCUGGACAUAAUCUGUUUUCGAUGGAGCAAGGAACUGGUAUCAUCAGAGUGAAGAGUGCAUUAACUGGCGAUCCUACUGUAACAUUUAAUAUGGUGGCACUUGCUACAGAUGGUGGCAGCCCAUCCAAAUCAGCCAACGCAAUGGUAACAAUCAAAGUCAAUCGCAAUCGCAACACUCCAGUGUGGAAUUCUCUAAAUUACCAAGCCACCAUUUUAGAAACACAGACUGUGGCUUUACCUUUAACCCUGAGUCCCACAGGUCUCUCUGCUUCAGACAGUGAUGCUCAGCCACCCAACAAUGUGAUCAAUUAUCGCUUGACAGCUGUUGUUGCCAGGAGUGGGUCUACUGUCUAUGCCAACGAGCAAGGCAACUUUGCUGUCAGUAGCACUGGGCAGGUGACAGUGAGAAGUCUCUUAAUUGGGCUCACUGCCACAGAGUAUUUGCUGUAUGUGGAAGCUUACGAUUUAGGAGACCCCUCCAGAGUGAGUUCUAGUAACGCUACUGUCACCAUCAAUGUACAAAGGAAUAGAGCACCUGUUUUUGUGCAAACAUCUUAUACCUUCGAAAUGAAUGAAGUUGCAACUGUUAAUCCUCAGACUUUAGUCGGACAAGUUCUGGCCAAUGACCCAGAUAAUGGAAUCCCAGAGUUUAAUACCCUUUCUUAUGCCAUUGAAAAUAUUGGUAUUGGAUCGCCAAAUGCCUAUCUUGCUAUAGAUUCUAAUGGUCGCAUUACCUUGCAAAAUAUUGUUAGUGGUAUACAGGACAAAGAAUUCAGGUUUUUGGUUCGUGUCUCAGACAAUGGAGUACCUUCUUUAACUGAUGAGGCUGUGGUCACUGUAAACAUCAAAAGAAACUUGUGGACCCCUGCCUUCAAUCCACGGAAUUAUGCUGUCACUAUUCAGGAAACACUUCCCGUGGGAUCAGAAAUUGGAGUAACUGUUGCAGCAACAGAUCAAGAUUUAAGUGCACCAAAUAAUCAAGUCGUGUAUUCAGCUAAUGGAGACCAGAGCGCCAUUCAGUACUUUGAUAUAGAUGAAACGUCUGGAAGAGUCUUGGUUAAACAACCUUUGUAUACAGGGACUUCUUCUCAAUACAUUCUGACUGUUAGAGUAGCUGAUAGAGCAACACCUCCGCUGGAAUCUCAGCAAACCGCCUCGGUGACCAUUACCGUCGAGCGAAACCAGUUUCCUCCAGUUUUCCAGAAUCUGCCCACAACUCGAUCUCUUCCUCGCACUGCAGGAUUUGGUUUCAAUAUCUACACUGUCAUUGCUAAUGAUAGCGAUAUUAGGUCUCCCUUUAAUGUUGUCUCCUACUCCCUUGUGUCAGGAACAAACCAGUUCCAAAUUGAUCAAACAACAGGCCAGAUAACUUUACGGACAAACUCUCUCACACAAGCGGAGUAUGUUUUGACUGUAGAAGCCAGAGAUGGAGCAGACAUUCCAAGGAGAAGCUACUCCACACUGACUCUCACAGUAGACGGUAACUUGGAGAAACCUGUCUGGGUCAACCCUGGAGCAUCCUCGUCAUACGAAGCCACUGCCACAAUAUACGAGACACAUGAUUAUGUUACAUCAGUUUUUCCAUUCUCAGCUAAUGAUAUAGACAGUGUGAGCCCAUACAACGCAGUCCGAUAUGUUGUGGAAGGGAAUGGAAAUGUCCUAAAUUUCUUCACUGUGGCUUACAAUGGACAAACAUUCCUGAAAACGUCUUUGCUGCAAAGAACAGAAACCCAGUUUGUGUUGUUGGUGAGAGCAGAGGAUGGAGGAAACCCCCUCGUCGGGCAGACAACAAAGCAAGACUUACCAUAAAUGUCAUAAGGAACAACAAUGCUCCACAAUGGCAGAACCCCAUGACAACAACUCUGGUCUCCCAACAAGCAGGAGUCGGCCAGACCGUGGGAAAUGCACUGUUAGCCACAGAUUCUGACGUUUUCUUUAACGUUGU